CACGUUCUGAUUCGAGCAUUCCCUCGCCGUCGUCGUCGUCGUUCCCGUUCUAUGCUCCGAUCAGCUGAUUGAAUAACUGUAGUAGUGCCGCUGCUGGGGGAGAAUCGAUAUGCUCGCAUGCUUUCAUCCAUUCUUAUGCUCACCUCCCAAUCCCAAAUGGGCCGACCGUCGACGGGACGGGUUCAGUCGUACAACGAACGCCGUGAAGGUCGGAUGUGUUUUCCUUUCAUCCCUCGUGUGGAGUUUCAAGUUCAACCGCGCGGUAAUCUACCACCUAUAAUAUUUAUCUGAAGCAAGAGUGCGCGUCUUCUCUCACAUUCCGCGCGCUGCGAGAGUUCUCGUUCGUGUUUCCCAUGAAGUGCUUCGCCGCUAACGAUCCGAUCCCGCUAUGCUGGAUGCUGCUGCCAUGGAAUCGCGCAUAACGUUUGAAGUGCCUAGCAGUUUGGAUUUCGACAAGUUGAUUCGGGAUAAUAAUUAUACGCUGUUUUGGCAGAAUUUGCACAGUGAGUCGAACAGCCGGGACCGGGAGAGUGUAUCAGUGGACCCGUUGGCGCCGUCGACAGUGCAGGGCGACCGUAACUCGAGUGAUUUCAGUCUGAUGAGCAGUUUGCAGCACUUUGCCGGCGCCCGAGGUGGGGUCGAUGGCUGGGGCUUGAGCUUUGGGCCCAGCAGUGGUGGGGGGAGUCAAGUUGAGGGGCCACUUGUGGAUCCGAGUUUACUGUGGAUUGGUGCCGUGAUGGUGUUGCUGAUUCUGUCCGGGCUGUUUUGCGUCUGUUCCUGCUAUUUGUACUAUAAAUACCGGAGAUGGCAAAAGUGUGUUUCGUCGGCCACCUGCCAAACCCUUACGAGCGUGGACAUCGAGGCGCCACCCCCGUACGACAUUGAAACCCUACCCUCCUACACAAUUGCAUCCGGUUUGCCCAGCUACGAGGACGCAGUGCGCCACAUCGUCCGCCAGCAGCAGCAAUCACGUUCUGGCUACCAUCCAGCAACGGCCGUCCAAAAGCCGAGGUCAGCCUGCAGCAACCACAACAGCGCUGUCAGUAGUGUCCAUCCUCAGUCGGUGGUGAAAUUCUUCGAAUCGAGACCGGAAAAUUGGCUCAAUGUCACCGUUUUCGAGGAAAUCCAUUACAACUUCGUUGGGCGAGGGACGACGUCCGCUGCGGAUCCCGCUGUGACCGACGGGCACGCCAAAGCAGAAGAAGCUAUUUCCGAUGGAGGAUCGCCGCUGGAUGAGCACACUGACAAAGGCACUGACGGCGGCGGUGACAGCAGCGGCGGUUUGUUCCGAGUUCAAAUUUGCAUGGUGGAGAACGAGAACGAGAAAAACCAAUCAUGGGCGUCCUAUCGAUGAGGAAGAUGAAACGGACGGAGUCUGGCCUCGUGGACAGCAAGUUGAAGAUUAACUGUGGUAUUUAUGGUUUAGGUUCGUGCUUAAGUUCAGAGACUGGAAGACUGUGUGCGCGUGUAUUUUACUGUAUAUAUUUUGUGAUUAGAGAAAAGAGGACGGGAGCUCAGAUGUAUAUUGUAUCUACCUGGAAGGAAUUAUUGAUUGGUGUGCCCUGAAGAAAAUGAAUUUAAAAUUUGACCGAUUCCUUUAGAUGAAGUGUGCGUGUGUAUUUGAUACCCAUGUAUUAUAGAUCAAGACUGAGAAGAAAAUAAAUUAUAUUUUUCCAUGUA